AGUGCACUCACCAUGAAGAGGAUUUAUGUUACCUGUCGUGACUGCAUCAGAAAUGCAGAGUUACUGGACGACCACUACAGGGUUGAAGUCAACUGCAGCUGCACGUCACACAAGGGUUACGCCGUGCCUAGGCCUCAUGCUUCAAAAGCGUCCCCACGCUGUCCGUUGGAGAGUCUCUCUGAGGUGCCUCUAGCAAAGUGAACGAUCCUUAAGAGUUUGUUCGUGAUCAUGAACAGCGAGCAGGGCACUGAAUUACCAAUGGCGAAUACUGCCCAACAUGAGCUGGCCUCGCAGCCAAGAUCCCUCUUUGCAAAGCUUAGCCUGCUCGACCGUCUCCUCACCCCGCUUAUCUUCCUGUCCAUGGUCGUUGGCGUGCUUAUCGGUGUUUUCGUCAAAAACGUACAGCAUGCCUUCGACACCGUACAAUUCCACAGCGUAUCCGUUCCCAUUGCUGUAGGUCUCAUUGUUAUGAUGAUCCCCAUCCUUACGAAGGUCCGAUACGAAUCCCUUGCACAUACCUUCCUAUCUCGCAAACUCUGGGUCCACCUUUCUAUUUCUCUGGUCCUCAACUGGAUCAUUGGUCCGUUUGUUAUGCUGGGUCUCGCAUGGGCGACACUGCCAGACCUCCCAACUUACCGGACAGGCGUAAUCAUGGUCGGCAUCGCACGCUGUAUCGCCAUGGUCAUGAUCUGGAAUGGACUUGCGGGUGGUAAUACAGAGUACUGUGCAAUUUUGGUAGCUGUCAAUUCUGUGUUGCAGAUCAUUCUGUACUCUCCGUUUGCGGUGCUCUUUGUGGACGUCUUCGGAGGUGCGGCGAACGGAGAGCAAGUGCAUUUGCAGUAUGGCGAAGUGGCGAUCUCAGUACUGAUUUAUCUUGGCAUCCCACUGCUCGCUGGCGUCAUCAUUCGUCUUACGCUCCUCCGCCUGUCCCCGCAUUUCUUCCACCACACCUUCAUCCCGUUCUUCUCACCAGUGGCACUUCUCGGCCUCCUGUAUACUAUUAUCGUCUUGUUUGCCUACCAAGGCCACCACAUCGUCACCAACAUUGGAAAGGUACUGAGAGUUAUUGUACCGCUCGUGCUAUACUUCGUGAUUAUGUGGACCGGUGCAGUGGCUCUCAUGUGGACACUUGCGAGAAAGGAGGUCUGCAAGCCUAGUCGGGGCAAGGUAUUCGACUAUGAAACAACUGCUGUACAAGCUUUCACAGCAGCGAGUAACAAUUUUGAACUAGCGAUCGCAGUGACGAUUGCUACAUAUGGAGUAGGCUCUGACCAGGCUCUCGCAGCUACCAUCGGACCUCUCGUCGAGGUGCCGGUCCUUCUGGCUAUGACGUGGCUCGCACAGGUCAUUAGGGUAAAAAUGAACUGGGGAAUGUCCGAGUGCAGUAGCAGGUGCUUGGAGAGUGGGAGCGCAUGUGUAGAGGUCAAGGAAAGGUCGUAGGAGCGGUGCUACGGAUUCGAAUUAUCCCUACUUCAGGUCGUCGCCCAGAGCUCGUAACGCGCUCAUAUCCGAAAUCUGCACUAAGUGCUGCCCAUAACGAGUGAGAUCAAGGAACCAUCAUAUUGUUAGGGGAGUCCUCCAAUACUUAGCAUUGGAAACUGACAAUCCCCACUGCAAUUGCAUACUGCGAUCAACACCGCAUCUAUAUGAGAAGAAGUCUUGAGGCGGUUCAGGAUACGCCUCGGAGACU